GUCUCUACAGCACCAAUUAGCCAGGCUGUUGGUACACCUCAAAGCCAGGGUUGUUGUCUGUUCUUGCUGUUUGGCUUGAAUCUGGAAGCAAAAGAACUAGUAUCACAUAAAUUUUCUGAUUGGCUGGAAAAAAUUGGCUACAGCCUCUGUUGGGAUGUAUAAAUAGAAAGCAAAGUAUUUUGGACCUUUCAGUGUGAAAACAGAGCUUCCAAGGCACAUGAAAAUGCAUCGAGUCGCAGCAGUCAUUUUUGCGAUUGCAAUCUCCAGCGCUGCUGCAGCGCAAUGGGCAAAUAUCUGCUCAGGUCAACCUUCAAACAAAGUCAGAGGCUGCGACUCCAAGGGCUGCGGUGGCUACAACAGCGCCAGAGGCGGGAGGCAACACAGAGGGGUGGACGUGGUGUGUGAGGACGGGGCCACCGUCUACGCGCCGUUCACAGGGAAGAUCAACAGACAGGUCAGGCCAUACGGCAAUGGCAAUGCCAUCGAUGACGGAGUGCAGCUUUCCGGAUCAGGAUUCUGCAUUAAGAUGUUCUACGUCAAACCGGUCAAGCACAGCGGGGCCGUCAGGAAGGGCGACAAAAUCGGGGUCCUGCUGCCCAUGCAGAGCGUGUACCGAGGCAUCACCUCCCACGUCCACAUCCAGAACUGCGACCUUAGCGACCCGACUCCCAACCUGUGAAGGGAGGACCGCGCGCCAGCAGCAAAGCUUUUAGCCCAUCACUUGUGUAUUCGUUCGAUUGCCCGUACGUAGAUAGUAAAGUGGAAGCCACUGAGCCUUGAACGGGGGCUCUGCUUUCCGAAAAGAAAGCAAUGCACCCCCGAGCAAAAUGCCGAUGGUUAGCUACACACUAAGGGGCUUAGAGGGAGGUGGAACAAAUGCGUUAAAGCUGUUACCGUACCCUGCACACGGCCGCGUUAGUAGCCAACGAAUGCUGAAGCAAUCGUGAAGGGAAGAGGGUCUGUUCGGGAGAAGGAGGCUCUCGCUGCCCACCAGCAACGCGGCGACCCGUGCUGUAACGCGCCGAGCUAGCACGUCUCUGCUCUCUUUGCAGCUGUAUUUCUACAGUAAGCCCAAAAUCUUCACUUUGCUUAUGUAUGGGAAGUGAUGUUAUUAAAGGACUGUUUCAUUCCA